UGCAACAAAUGAAAGCCAUUGAUUGCCAUUGCCGCGGCAACUGGCGUCGACAAUCGCGGAAAAAUUCCCUUCACGUCCAGUGUUUGUCUCCUUCAAGGACAUAUGCAGGAUAUGCGAGGCUUGGCAACACCAGGUGUGUGGGAGUGGCCACAGCGGAGGAGGGUGUUGGUGCGUGCGCACCUGUGCGGUUUGAGGUAAAGCCUGUCCUGCAUUUUUCACACGAAGCGGCGGCGGUGUCGGAGGCGUCAAUCAAUUCGCAAAAGUUUAACGAACCUGUAUCGAGCCAUGCUCCUUCUGCAGGACAUGCUUGUAUAUGGUAAUAGGAACAGGAUAGGGCUUUGGCACCGGGAUCUUGAUCUGCUUGAU